AUGGCGCCGUCCAUCAAACUCGCCAUUCUCGACGACUACGCCAAUAUUGCUCCCGCGCAUUUCCAGCGUCUCAUCUCGCCACAAAAGCAACAACAACAACAACCAAACAACACGUCCGAAUCUCAAUCCGAAUCACAAUCACAGCCCCCGUUUGACCUACAAAUCCGUUCAUUCCCAGAAACCCUUAACGCGCGUCUACCAGUUGAGCACGACUUACUGGUGGCCCGUCUGUACCCAUACACCGUCAUCUCCUCGAUGCGCGAGCGCACGCAAUUCCCGCGCUCCGUGCUCUCGCAGCUGCCGAACUUGAAGCUACUGUUGACGACAGGCCCGAAGAACGCGGCGAUCGACGUCGCCGCGUGCAAGGAACUAGGGAUCACUGUGGCCGGGACUGGACCGAAACCGAACGCCGUGCCGGGGUAUGAUGCGACGAACGAGCAGACGUGGGCGUUGAUUUUAGGCUUAGUCAAAGGUGUCGUGCAGGGCGACAAGAGGCUAAAGACGACGAGGGAGGGGUGGCAGGUUGAUAUCAAGCCUCCUCGUAAAAGUCAUGUUGACAAGGAUGUCGACAAGGACGAUGCUGGCCUUGACACCGACACCAACACUAUCGACAUGGACAACGACACUGAAGAUCCAGACUUACAACCCACCACCACCACAACAACCACUAUUUCAGAGGAUACCUUCACCUUCAACGAAGAAGAAGACGACGACCAACAAACAAAACCCGACAACAGAUUCAAUCCAGCCCUGGUCUCGUCCCUAGCCGGCAAAACGCUUGGUCUCCUCGGUCUCGGCCGGCUCGGCACCCAAGCCGCCGUGACCGGCCAUCUGGGAUUCGGCAUGAAGAUCCUCGCCUGGUCAAGCAGUCUGACGCAAGCGCGCGCCGACGAAGCCGCCUCUUCGCGCGGCCUGCCCGCGGGCGUGUUCGAAGUCGCCGCCUCGAAAGAAGACCUGUUCCGCCGCGCCGACGUGCUGAGCAUCCACUACGUGCUGGGCGAGCGGUCGCGCGGGAUCGUCGGCAAGAAGGAACUCGAGCUGAUGAAACCCACCGCGUAUCUGGUCAAUACGUCGCGCGGCCCGCUGGUCCAGGAGCCCGAGUUGCUCGAGGUCCUGGAGAAGGGCGGCAUCAGAGGUGUUGGGCUCGAUGUCUUUGACACCGAGCCGUUGCCGGCCGAUAGUCCGUGGCGGAGGGAGGGGUUUUGGGGAAGACAAGGUCGCAGUCGUGUCUUGUUGAGUCCGCAUUUGGGUUAUGCUGAUGAAGAUACUAUGCAUGCUUGGUAUGAGCAGCAGGUUGAGGUUGUGAGGGCGUGGAUGGCUGGAGAGGGGGUUAAGGGGGUGGUUCUUACUUGA